GUCCAGACGUAAAUAUGCCUGCUGCGCUACAAAAUGUCUUUAUUAUGAGCUGAUAAAUCUCGUCAUAAAAAAAUGAUUUUAUCAUUACUUUAUUUUCACUCUGAUCCAUUUAGGUGCUUCAUAUCAUGACUCUAUUGUUUUACAGCGUAACUGGAGUAUUUCUAGUCUUUUGAAUUUUGUAUGAAAUCUAGUUUUGUAAAAAAAAAUACAUAUUAGAGGAAAUUUUAGAUAAACUUUGGUGACGUAAUAGAACCGAUUUUACAUUUUUAUCACAAGAAAGUCCAAUGUUUGUAAAAUAGCAUAUGCUCACGUGGUACGCCAACACAGUAUUCUGAAAGUAUUGAUCGAAAUGGACGGAACACGUAGCUGGGAUGUCGGAGUUGAAGACGACGAGUACAACACCGAGCUCAUCGUGCACAACUUUCAUCCAUCACUCACCAAGCAAGGGCUGAGGAGCCAGUUCCUGCGAUUCGGAUAUGUCGAGAGCUCCAACGUGACCACCAAUAGUCGCGGACACCCGGUGGGGUUUGUCAGGAUGCGAUCCGCCGGCGAGUGUGCCCGAGCGAUCGCAGGUCUAAACGGCCGCGCGCCGCUCCACUGGACGGUGAAGAUGGGUCUGCCGCCGGCCGAGAGACAGAAACAGCGACAGCGUCGGGACGAGGCGCGCCGCUUCGAGCUGGAGACUCAGCCACAGACGGAGGCAUGUCUGCGCGAAAUGGAAAAGGUGCGCCAGAAGAUGCUGCAGCUCACUCAGGAGUUUUGCGACACCCUGGAGGUCGGCUCGGAGCAGCAGGGACAGGCGCCGGAGCGCACCGAGCAGCAGCACACCCCUCCCACGACGGGCCCCGGCGCGGCGCCGACCACCAGCCACCUGGCCCAGCAGGGUCUGGCGCUCUGCUCGGUGUGUGGCGCCGUCACGGCCGGCUACUGCUCCCACUGCCGGCAGCCCUACUGCUCGGCGGCCUGCCAGCGGAUGGACUGGGAGGCACACAAGCCACGCUGCCGCCCUGACCUGGUGGUGUCAGUGGACAGCAGCAGUGAAGAGGAGCAGGUCCGCUCGGUUCGUCUGGCGCGCGGCGACCAGCCCGCCUCAGACAGAGCGCCGGCGCCCCUGCGCCGUCCGCGCGCUACCACCGGACAGGCCAGGGCCGCCGGCCGCGGCUCGGGAGACGAGAGGACACUGGUGGCCAACCCUCCGCCCCGACAGCAAGUGCAGCAGGGAUCACCACAGCAGCGGGGACGGCAGUUAUACCACCAGCAGCAGCAGCAGCAGCAGCAGCAGCAGCGAUCGCCACUGCAGCAGCAGCAGCAGCAGUCGCAUCCGUCACCGCUGCAUCAGCAGUCCCCGCAGCAGCAGCAGCAGCAGUCGCAUCCGUCACCACUGCAUCAGCAGUCCCCGCAGCAGCAGCAGCAGCAGUCCCCGCAGCAGCAGCAGCAGCAGCAGCAGCAGCAGCAGCAGCAGCAGCAGCAGCAGCAGAUACCUCAGGCACAGCAGCAGCAGCAGCAGCAGGGACAGGAGCCGGGGGCUGAGGAGAGGCGGCGGCGUCUCAGGCAGCAGCAGCUACUGCUACUGAAGCGACAGAAACAACGACAGCAGCAGCAGCAGCAGCGGGAGCCACAGCUGGGUCCUGUCAGCCUGCGGCCUGGACAGCACUACCAGGUAAUGGUGAGCUACGCCGCGGACCCGAGCGCGGUCUACCUGCGGCUCACGGACCAGUACGAGCUGGUACAGAGGAUGGAGGAGGAGUUGAACAAGUCGGUCGUGUCGCCAGCCACGCCCGCCGGCUUCCGCGGGCUGGAAACGGGACAGCUGUGCGCCGCGCUCUUCGAAGGCCGCUGGUACCGAGGAGACGUGCGGACCGUCGAGGACUCCCACUACGUCAUCCACUUCAUCGACUGGGGUAACUCGGAGCGCGUGCCGCCGACGGGCGUGACGCAGCUGCCGGCCAGCCUGCAGGACGUGCCGCCCCAGGCCGUGCUGGCCGUGCUGCCGUGGCGGCCGGCCGGCCCCGGCGGUGACUGGAGUGACGCACAGUGGGAGGGUUUGGCGGCGCUGAACGGCCAGCCGCUGACGGCCAGUGUGACCGGCGCGGAGCCCUCUGUUCGAGUGGCUCUGUUCAAUGCGGACGGGAAGAGCGUGCUGAGUGUGAUGGCCGACAGCGUGCGGACGGCCGGCGGCCCGGAGACACAGACGCAGACGCAGGAGUGGACCGUGCCGCCACAGGUCGAGCUGGAAGUGGACCGUAAGCACGUGGUGGUGCCGUGUGCGAUGGUACACCCGCAGUUGGUCUCGGCACAGGUGCGGGACCUGGCGCUGUACCGGGCCUACCAGGCGAUCGUGGAGCAGCUGCAGACAGCAGCCAACGCAGAGUCGCCGCUGAGCGCCGUCCCUCCUGAGGGCUGUCCGGUUCUGGUGAACUGCCCCGGACCGCUGGGGGACGGCCCCGCCUGGCGACGUGCCGUGGUCCAAGGGAGGCACGGCGACCGGGCCGUGGUGCGUCUCCUCGACUGGGGCCGGCUGGAGACGGCUGGACUGGCGCAGCUAAGACGACUGCCGCCGCAUCUCUGUGAGACCCCGUCGAUCGGUGUCCAGUUCGGGCUGUUCGGAGUCCCGGAGUCGGCCUGUCCCGAGGACCAGCUGCGCUUCUUCAGAGAGAAGCUGGUUGGAAAGGAGUUCCUUCUGGAGCGGGUAGAAUCGUCUGAUGCGCGGACGCAGGCGCGGCUUCAUCUGCUGAGUGACACCAACUCGUUCUGUUUCAACGACAAGAUGCUGGGCCGAGUCUCGGACGCCGCCCGCGCCGCCCGACCCGCCGCCCUGUCUGCCGUCUCAGCGGUCUCCCCUCCGACGGUGGCCAGUCCUCAGAAGCGGUGUCGACUGGGGUCUGAGAGCAACGCCAGCCGGCCGCCGCUGCUCAGCGACCUGGCCAACCCCAGCCUGCGGCCCGGAGACACACACCCGUUCCUGCUGGGCCAGGUGCUCGGGCCGGGCCGGUUCCUGGGUGGUCCGCUGACCGAUGAGAACACAGCGGCCGUAGAUCGACUGGAGGAGGAGCUCAGAGAGGCCAUGACCGGACAGACGGCGCCGCUGCCUAUCCGACAGCCGCCGCAGGCCGGACAGCUGGUGGCCGUGAGAGGUGUAGAGGACGCCGGUGCCGCUGGCUGGGCGCGCGGCGCCGUGGCGGACCCGUUCGGCCCGCAGGCGCUGGUCCGUCUGCUCGACCUGGGACGCCAGGAGCGCGUGGCGCUGGACCGGCUGUACCAGCUGCCCGAUCAGGUGUCCCGGCUGCCACCCACCUCCCUGCUACUCGCCUUCAGAGGGAGCGAGCGGUGGUCGGCCGAGCAGCGGCAGCGCGCCGAAGAGGUGCUGCGGGGUGAUGGCUGCGGGGAGGAGCUGGUGCUGGAUCUGACGGUGGUCUCUGUGGGCUCGGCCGGCGCCGCCGUGCUCGUCACCUGUCCGCAGCUGGAGGUCUGCUAGACGGUGCAUGUGGGGCUCGACGUCUGCGACGAUCUCCCCGUGCUCCGGGGCUAGACGUCUGCUAAACGACGCCCUGCGUUUGAGGCUCUACUUUGCUAGACAGUGCUUUGGGGCCUAACAUCCGUUGGCCAACAACAUGCUUAAUUUGUGCAAAGAAGUGGACAUAUGCAAGGUGUUGUUUGCGAAGAAACAGCCAAGAGCUGUGGGUCAAUAGCUGGCCAGUGAAAGUGUUGGGGAAGGCGCUUAUCUUCAGUACCUCGUAGUAAAGCUGUGGGUGCAAUUACAAGCACUUGUCUGCAGAAUGUGACAUGCUGAGCGCAGGUGACAAUUUCUGUUAGAUGUAACUUGCAUCUAAGUUUAAGAAUACAAUCUUUUGUUUGUCUUGGUAUUGAUGCGAGCAAAAUAGAUUGGUUGUUUCA